AUGAGAGCUUUUACAAUUGCUUUGAGCUGCGCCCUUUUGGCCAUACUUGUUGCCCACCUGCCGUGCGCUGAGGCAGUCACCUGUGCAGAGGCACCCACCGAUGCCAACUGCAUUGACUGCACUCUUGCAGCAAAUGAAGCCGAUCCCGAGUGUGCGCCUCUAACUACAGUGGAGCCAAUCACGACGCAAGCCCCGCCGGCUGCCGAGUCAACUGUGGCUAAUGAUGAUGCCGAUGCUGACGAUGAUGAUUGUCCCUGCCGUCGUCCACGUGGAGGUCGUGGCGGUCGCCGCGGUGGGCGUGGAGGUCGCCGAGGUGGGCGUGGCGGUCGUGGAGGACGCGGGGGCUGGCGUGGUGGCAGGCGUGGCGAUAGACGCUUUGGCCGCGGCUAA